AUGUCUGGCCUCGAGGCUAUUGCCAUUUUGGGAUUUGUCCUGCAGGUCGUUGAGACUACCGUCACGGUCAUCGACCUGUGGAAGGCCGCAAAUGAAGUUGGGCAAGAAGUUGUGAUAAUAAAAGCCAGACUCGACAUGGUUCGCGCCCGUCUCAAGACCUGGGCACUCGGCUGGGGGCGGCUGAAGGAGGGGAACCACCUGGAGAGUCGACGCUUCAGAGAAUUCGGAUCUUUGGCACUGAGGUAUCUCUUGAUAAUCCAAUAUCGGCUCACGGCGUUGGAUAACUUUGACAAAAAGUAUCCCUCGCUGUUCCGAAAUGAUCGCGUCUUGGAGGGUCAGCCUCGCUCAGCAGACCGCGGUCUUCAACUCGCUCUAGUCGCUCACGCGGAUGGGCCGGAUGUCAAAGACCUGGAACUGCUUCAGCAGGAGGUGGCUUCUAUAAACCAUGCCAACAUAAUUCAGCGGUGGAGAUGGGCUCGGAAGGGGGGAGAGGGGAUGAGGAUGACGGACCAAAUUGCCGUAUUAGUUGGAGAGCUCGAGGAUUUCUUUACACCCCCGACCAGCGACCAGAUCGACCAACUUGACGUUGACCGGAACCAGCCACAGAUUGGAGGUUCUGAAGAGGAUAGAGCUUUCAACGUAGUGGAGGGCAUCGCUAAUUUCAAGAAAGCUGCACAAGAGAUGAGAAACCGAAGCGACACUCUGCACCAACGAGAGUUGCUGCGAAGCCACCGAGGAAUCAAAAACGAAAAGAAGCUGGACAACACAACUGAAUACUCCACCAAGCGCAGCCUCGCUGAUUUCAAGUCUCGCAACAUCAACAUCACACCUGUAAUGAUCGAGUGGAUAUGCGUACCAAGUAGUCUAUCUACGGAGAUCAAAGAGGCUUCCCAAAACCAAAUACACGACCUCGCUUUGCUACUCCAUUCGGAAAAGAAGCCCCAGGAGUUCAGGACUCUGGAAUGUAUAGCAAUGGUCGAUAUUCCUGUGGCAGAAGAAGAGGACGCACAAUACGGGUUGGUCUUCAAGCUUGAAGAGGGCCAGCAAGUCUAUAAUCUUCUGGAGUUGCUAAGCAGGGAAGGCUCUGCGCCUAAAUCUCUCACUGAGCGGUUGAAACUUGUCAAGCUGCUUUCCAAAACGCUGCUGUUUCUUCAUCUGGGAUCGUGGCUGCACAAAGGCAUCCGUAGCGACAAUGUGCUGUUUCUUAGCAGUGACAUAUCUUCUGUUGAUCUUGGCGCGGCAUACAUUGGCGGUUUCGACUACAGUAGGCUGUUCCGGGAGACUAGGCUGACUCAAAACGUUGGGGAUAACCGAUUUCAGAAUGCGUACCGGCAUCCAGAUCACCAAGGUCAUCCACUGCAUGAAAAUGGCGAGCGACCGUCUUUCUCAUACAAGGCCGACCUGUACAGUCUUGGAGUCGUGCUCGUGGAGAUUGGUCUCUGGUCGCCGGUCAUCAAGCUUUUAGACAGUCGAGGCUGUCAGAACGAAGACAGAAAUGUGCGUCAGGCAAUAUUUGAUAUGAUUCCUGAGGUCAGGAUGAAGAUGGGGGACGCUUUCGCUGACGCAGCUUCUGUAUGCCUGAGGAGUGACUUCCAGACGGGCGAGGCUGGACAGGUAGAGAGUAUUCAAGAGGCUUUUUAUUUGUCUGUGGUCAGAUUGCUGGAGAGAUGCUUUAUAUGA